GCAGGACAGGGCUGCUUGCUGAUCUCUUGCCCAGUUUUGCUGUGGAGAUUAUGCCAGAGUGGGUCUUUGUGGGCCUGGUGAUCCUGGGGGCAUUCCUGUUCUUCCUCCUGGUGGGGAUCUGCUGGUGCCAGUGCUGCCCACACAGCUGCUGCUGUUACGUCCGCUGCCCCUGCUGUCCUGAGUCCUGCUGCUGUCCCCGGGCGUUGUAUGUAGCAGGCAAAGCAGCAAAAGCUGGGUACCCUCCUGCAGUCUCUUCCAUGCCAGGUCCAUACUACAUACCCAGUGUUCCUGUAGCUGGUGUCCCAUCUCCUGCUGUGCUGAUGGAUAAGUCGCACCCCCCUCCCUUAGCCGCAAGUGACUCCAGCGGAGGAAGCCAAAAUGUGCGCAAAGGGUACAGGAUCCAGACUGACAAGGAAAGGGACUCCAUGAAGGUGCUGUACUAUGUUGAGAAAGAACUGGCUCAGUUUGACCCAGCUAGGAGGAUGCGAGAACGAUAUAACAACACCAUCUCUGAACUCAGCUCGUUGCAUGAAGACGACUUGAACUUCCGGCAGCCCUACCGCCAGGUGCGAAGGAAACCUCUGCCUCCUGCAGGGGACCUGGAUGGCGAUGCUGAAUACUGGGCAGGAGUGAUGGGCGGGGGCAGCACAUCAAGAUCACAGGCUGUCUCUGAUUACAGAGAUGAGCGGGACAGUUUCCGGCACAGCCAGCAGAGAUCCAAGUCCGAGAUGUUGUCCCGUAAGAGUUUCUCUGUGGGAGUGCCAGCCGUCUCUAUGGAUGAGCUGGCAGCCUUUGCGGAGUCCUACAGCCAGCGGACCCGGCGGGCAGACAGCCAGGAAACUCGGCGUUUCGAGCGGUCAGAGUCGCACGGCGGCCGAGGUGGAGGGCUGCCCCACCAGGAUAGCUCCAUGGAGGAGUACUACACCAAGCGUAGCAGAGGGAACCGAGAGCCGCUGACGGACUCGGAUCGGGGCUGGUCGUACAGCCCACCCCGGAGACGGGCCCAUGAGGAGAAGCACCUGCCCAGGCUGGUGAGCCGGACGCCCGGAGGGAGCCAGAAAUACGAUCACUCCUACCUCAGCAGUGUCUUGGAGAGGAAAUCCCGGAGCUACGAUGAGAGCAGUGACCACAGUGAAACCCCCUCGAAGCUGAGCUCGCAGGCCAGCCAGAGAGGAGGGGGAACAUACUAUGCCUGGUCACCACCCUCUACCUACAAAGCCGAGAAGUCGCAGCAGCAGCCGCAGCAGCCACCACCACCACCUCAGCAGGAGGAAGGGGAGGACACCCUGCCCCCGUACAGCGAGAGGGAGCUGAGCCGAGGCCCGUCGUACAGGGCCAGGGAGCAGGCCUACCUCAACGCCUCUGACAAGAAGAGGAAAAAGGACCCCAAGAAAACAAAUGAUUUCCCGACGAGGAUGUCCCUCGUGGUUUGA